AUGGCUUCCCGCACCGUGUUGCUCAACCAGGGCCCUUACUAUCACGAAGAUGCUGCCACGGGCCCUAUCGCUGCUGGCAUAUUUAUACAAGUCUCCAACGGAAUUCAGACUCUAGCCAUUUCAUAUACCUUGUAUUGUGAAGCCGUGGACAAGGCAACGAUGAGCGAAUUUGGAGGCAUCAUCCAGUGGAGCGGCUGUACAGGAUGUGGAGAUGCUACAUCAGCCCGAGCUGACGGACCAGCUUCUCUUUGCGAUGAGAGCAGUGAAAUAAUAUCAGAUGGAAUCACGUCGAUUGAACAGACCAAGAUAUGUCUACAAAAUCACCACGUCUACGCCACCAGACCCCAUCCCCGCCGUCUACCCACCAUCAGAACUAGAUCAGACCGAUGGGUCCCCAGGACUGCAGACAUGUUUUUUAGCCACGUGUCGGAGGUGUGGGUUGUAAAGAUACAGCUCGACGAGCUCAUCCAACACCGUAUCCACUGGCAAGGUGACGGGUGCGUCCAUUUAUACGGAAACUUUGGCGCCCGGAACGUCGUUGCUGCGCAAAAGUGUGCUAGGCAGGGCGAAUCGUGGUCUGACUGCUUCCAGGACGCAACAUGGCUUAUCUGA